UCUGUUUUUCUUGCCUGUGAAAAUUUCGUUGCCUGCAAAAUGCCGUAUCGUUGUUGUGUGCCGAAUUGUAGAGGAAAUUACGACGGUGGAUCAAAAGUAACCGUGUUUAAAUUUCCGGAGGAUGAAGCAAUGAGAAAGAAAUGGUUGUCAAGUAUUCGCAGAGAUAACUUCACUCCUUCUUCAAGUUCAAGAGUAUGUCAUGUUCACUUCCACAAGGAUGAUGUUAUUUGGGAAACACAAAUUGUGGAUGAAAGGACUGGUCAGUUAUUAAGAGCCCCCCUUCUCAAACCACGUUUGAGACCAGAUGCAGUUCCAUCACUACUCCCAAACUGUCCUUCCUACCUUUCAAAGGAAGAAAGUAGACGUGAAGGGCCAGAGGAGAAAAAGCAAAGGCUUGAAAAUGAGCAGUUAGCUGCAGCGUUACAAUAUAGUUUAGCAUCACAGAAGGACUAUGAAAACACUUUCAGCUUCAGUUCUUUAGAAGAGUUAAUGUUGCGUACGAAGGAAGUGGAUUUGCCCAACGAGUGGAGUGUGAUCGAAAAACACAGUGAUUUUGUUUGUUUUUUAAAGAUAAUAAGAAAUCCAGCACCAUUAAUCACACAUUCUGUCGUUAUAGAUAGUAAUUUAAAUGUUUCAUUGUUUAAGAAAGAUGUACAAAUUAAGACAUUAGGAAAAAGAUCUUUUCCUGUAAUUGUAACCAAUAUCCAUGAAAUUGUCAGUGUACUGCAGGAGUUUUCAGACACAGAUUGUGGGCACUCAGAAACUUCUAUAGAUAGUAUUGUAGAGAUAGUGAAAGACAGUCUAGGAGUGCUGAAAGACAGUUUACAGGAGAGUGAAAAGGAGAUGGUAGACUUUAUAUAUGAACAAGCGACGGUGGAGGCGCGGCGCUUCUUGACCCUGCGGCGGUCGCCGCUGGGGCUGCUCUCUCGCCGUCGCUUGCGGGAGGCUUCUCUGCGCCUCGACGGCAUCUCGCCAGCCGGCAGGGUCUGA